AUGCUCCAGGAUGCAGUGCCGACGGCCUGCCAGGAUCAGGUGGGCUCUGCGCCCAAGCGACUGGAGCGGGGCAGCCUCAGGGCGGCCAGCAAGUUCCCGUCUAGCGGCAGGCGUUCCCAGCGGCUGCAGUCCGUGUAUGGUCCGACGAGCGGACGCCUCAGGCGCACCGACGCCGGCUCCACCACGUCCAGGGAGAGCAUCGUCGCCGAAAGAACGCGCAAGGGAAGCGUGCGUAGCCGCGACGGGCACAGCUCGCAGCAAGACCUCGAGCAACGCGCCGACGUCUUGGAAGUGGUGAUGAGCAACCCGGUGAUCUUCUUUGCCCUGCUGGCGGUGGUGCUGGGCUUCGCACUGGGGGCUGUUCUGAAUCCACUGAACCUCACCGAGCUGCAGAGGAGAAUGUUGCGACUUCCCGGCGAGCUGUUCGUGCGGGUGCUGCAGUGCCUGGCCAUCCCGCUGUUCAUCACCAGCGUGGUGAGCGCGGUGGGCGGCCAACCAACGGCGCAGGGGGCUCGCCUCGUCCUGCGCACGCUCGCCUACUUCUCGCUGACCACGCUGUGGUCCGCGACCAGCGGCAUGGUCAUCGCGCUGCUCUUGCGCCCCGGAGUCGGGGCGAGGAAGCUGCCAGCCCACUGGCGAUACAAUGUCACCAUGAGUGCCAACUCGCUACUCGACAUAUUCAGGCACGUAGGCAACGUCGGCGACGAGGGCCACCCGGAGAAACUAGCUCACACCAACUUCGUCGGCCUGCUGGGCUUCUCCCUCAUCCUCGGCUUCGCCCUGUCGCACUCACAGCCUCCGCCGCUGUGCUCGGCGAUGAACGACUUCGUCGGCGUCGAGACUCCGCCCGCGGGCAGCUCGCACUUCGUCCUGCGGCUGGCUCGCGUGCUCGGCUCCAAGUUCCUGCGAAUGGCCGAGAAGACGUUGUGCUUCUCGCCGGUGGCCGUGAGCACGCUCAUCGCUGUAGACGCGUCGCGCGUCUCGGAUCUGCCGAAGGUCAUGUGGCACCUGGGCCUGUACUCCUUCACGGUGCUGUUGGGGCUCGGGGUUCACGCGUUCCUCUUCCUACCUGCACUCUAUAUGACCAAGGUGCGUCGGGACGCGGGCCGCUUCUUCCUGAACCUGCUGCACCCGCUGGCCAUCGCGUUCGGCUCCCGCUCGAGCAUGGUGGGCGGCCCGGCCGCCAUGGCGACCCUGGAGAAGGUCGGCCUGCACCAGGACUCGGUGCGUCUGAUUGUGCCCCUGAGCGUGGUGAUCAACCACGACGGCACCGCCCUGUACACCAUGGUGUCCGUGCUGUUCGCGGCGCAGCUGCAGGGCGAGAGCCUCGGCGUCAGCUCGCUGCUCAUGCUCCUUGCCUCGUGCUGCAUCGCCACCAUGGGCGAGUACGGGCUGAUGCCGACCUACCGCGGCCCCGCGCGCGCUGCCCUCCUGCUGACGGUGGUGGGCCUGUCGGCAGACAACGUCGGCUACAUGGCCGUCGUGCACUGGCUGCUGCAGCGCGCCGCGAGCACGGUGAACCUGCUGAGCGACUGCGUGGGCGCCGCCAUCCUGCAGCGGGACAUGCUGCAGCCCGGCCGUCCGGUGUCGACCCGCUCGUUCAGCGUCAGGCUCGGACCCGGCUCCAUCGGCAGUCUGUCCACCAGGGACCUCCCGUCGGCGGGCCUGCUGGGCACACGCGCCGGCUCCACCACGGGCCUCCCCAAGCCACACACGAAGCUCGACCACUGAGACGCCGAACCACGGCUUGAACGAAGCGCGAGCUGGUGCUGACGAGUUUCAUGCACAACUGCUUCCUUGUAUUCUGAAUUUGAAUUGCUAUAUUAUGUUCCAUAAUACUAUUCGUGCUUUUCUUUCUUU